GUAAACUUCCUGUGAGGUGACACGGAUCGUUCGAUGUCGGAUGAUCCUAUCUUACGUACGUGUUCUACCGAUAAAGUCGCCUUUUAAUUCAGAACUGAGUGUCUUCCUCUACCACCAACAUGUCCGCCAAGGCUAUUUAUGAAGCUAAGGGGAAGGAGCUACUGAACAAAUACUUAACUGAUGAGGCUGCUAAAAACAGGUUUGCUGUAGUCACAGAAACUGUCAACUGGGACACACUAACAGCUGACCACCCCUGGCUCCUCACAGAGAAAUUAGUGGUAAAACCUGAUCAGCUGAUCAAGCGCCGAGGAAAGCUUGGUCUAAUAAAAGCUGGGGUGGAUCUAGAGGGAGUCAAGGAGUGGCUGAAAAACAAACUGGGCAGGGAGUUUGAGAUUGGUGCAGCUAAAGGGAAACUAAAGAAUUUUAUCAUUGAGCCUUUCAUUAAACAUGAACAGAAUGAAGAGUUUUACCUGUGUAUAUAUUCCUCCAGAUACUGUGAUACCAUACUGUUUCAUCAUGAAGGGGGGAUAGAUAUUGGGGACGUGGAUGCCAAGGCUGUUAAAUUAGACAUUCCAGUGCUAGAAGAAGUCUCUGAUUCGGACAUUAAAUCCAAACUGUUGUCCAAAGCUCCGGCCUCCGCCCAAGAACCCCUAACAAAAUUCAUCAAAGCUCUCUACACUCAGUACAGGAACUUACAUUUCACAUACUUAGAGAUCAAUCCAUUGGUGUUCACGGGCGGCAGACUCUACAUCCUGGACCUGGCGGCUAAGAUUGACCAGUGUGCCGAGUACCUGUGUAAAUCACUUUGGGGAGACCUGGAAUUUCCUCCACCCUUUGGGAGGGAUGCUCUCCCAGAAGAAGCGUACAUUGCUGAACUAGAUGCAAAGAGUGGGGCAUCUCUAAAACUAACCAUUCUGAACAAAUCCGGCCGAAUCUGGACAAUGGUGGCAGGGGGCGGAGCAUCUGUCAUUUAUGCCGACACAAUCUGUGAUUUGGGAGGGGCCAAAGAUCUUGCUAAUUACGGGGAGUACUCGGGCGCACCUAGUGAACAGCAGACAUAUGAGUACGCAAAGACGAUCCUGUCACUAAUGACAGCAGAGAUCCACCCCGACGGCAAAAUCCUUAUUGUUGGAGGGGGCAUUGCUAACUUCACAAAUGUAGCAGCAACAUUUAAGGGAAUUGUUAGAGGCCUGCGAGAGUACCAGCAGAAGUUGAUUGAAGGCAACGUCAGUGUAUAUGUGAGGAGGGCCGGACCGAACUACCAGGAGGGCCUCCGGAUCAUGAGGGAACUCGGAAACACCCUGGGAAUCCCGAUCCACGUGUUUGGCCCAGAGACCCACAUGACAGCUAUAGUGAGCAUGGCCCUGGGUAAGAGGGAGAUCCCUCACACACCGCGCCCAAUGAACACCACCGCCAACUUCCUGCUGCCGACAGGAGGGGCUUCCCCAGCAACCAGCAGAAGAGGGUCAGUGAACGAACCCUCUUCAAGGUCAGAGGGCAAGGUCACAGUGCCAGAUCAAAGUCAACAGGCCUCCUCCAAGUCUGAGAGAACCCAGACACUGUUUACAGAGAAGACGCAGUGUAUUGUCUGGGGCAUGCAGCAGAGGGCGGUGCAGGGCAUGCUGGACUUUGAUUACGUCUGCUCCCGCCGCGAACCUUCUGUGGUGGCCAUGAUUUAUCCAUUUACAGGAGAUCAUAAGCAAAAGUUUUACUGGGGGCAUAAAGAAAUUCUUGUUCCAGUGUACAAAAACAUGGCUGAUGCCAUGAAGAAGCACCCCCAAGCUGAUGUUCUCAUUAACUUUGCCUCCCUUCGCUCAGCCUUCGAAAGUACCAUGGAAACCAUGACUUACCCACAGAUACGUUCCAUUGCCAUUAUCGCCGAAGGAAUCCCAGAAAACCUAACCAGACAGAUCAUCAAAGAGGCGGACAAGAAAGGCGUAUUUGUCAUUGGACCUGCUACGGUUGGAGGAGUGAAGCCGGGCUGUUUCAAAAUUGGAAACACAGGAGGAAUGUUGGACAACAUCCUGGCAUCUAAGCUCUUCAGGCCCGGGAGUGUGGCAUAUGUCUCACGAUCAGGAGGCAUGUCCAAUGAGUUGAACAACAUCAUAUCACUGAACACAAAUGGAGUGUACGAGGGAAUAGCUAUUGGAGGUGACAGAUACCCCGGUACCACCUUCAUGGACCAUAUACUGAGGUACCAGGACGACCCUAAUGUCAAAAUGAUCAUCUUGCUUGGAGAGGUAGGUGGGACAGAAGAGUACCACCUGGUGAGUGCCAUGAAGAGUGGGCGUGUCAACAAACCGGUGGUGGCCUGGUGUAUCGGAACCUGUGCCAAGAUGUUCACCUCUGAUGUACAGUUUGGCCAUGCAGGGGCGUGUGCAAAUGCAGAAGCUGAAACAGCAUCAGCUAAAAACCAGGCUUUGACUGAUGCUAAAGCCUACGUCCCCAAGAGUUUUGAUGAAUUGGGCACACUAAUCAAGGAUGUGUACGAUAAGCUGGUUGAGAAUGGAACCAUUGUACCAGAGCCUGAACAACCCCCACCCACAGUACCCAUGGACUACACCUGGGCAAGGGAGUUGGGUCUAAUCCGUAAGCCGGCCUCCUUUAUGACCAGUAUCUGUGAUGAGAGAGGACAGGAACUGUUGUAUGCUGGGAUACCGAUUACCGACAUAUUCAAAGAGGACAUGGGAAUCGGGGGCGUGCUAAGUCUGCUGUGGUUCCAGAGAAGGUUACCCAAGUAUGCGACUAAGUUCAUUGAAAUGUGUCUGAUGGUGACAGCUGAUCAUGGUCCAGCAGUCUCGGGGGCACACAACACCAUCGUGUGUGCCAGGGCCGGCAAAGAUCUUGUGUCCUGUCUUGCAUCUGGUCUCCUCACCAUUGGAGACAGGUUUGGGGGUGCCCUGGAUGCUGCAGCUAAACAGUUCUCUGAUGCCUACACCAGUGAUAUGAUCCCCAUGGAGUUUGUCAACAACAUGAGAAAGGAGGGAAAACUCAUCAUGGGCAUAGGUCAUAGGGUCAAAUCUAUCAACAAUCCUGAUAUGAGAGUUGUCAUUCUAAAAGAGUAUGCAAAGAAGAAUUUCCCAGCUACACCGCUAUUAGACUAUGCAAUAGAAGUAGAGAAAAUCACUACAUCCAAGAAACCCAACCUAAUUCUGAAUGUGGAUGGUUUCAUUGGAGUGGCUUUUGUGGAUUUACUCAACAAUUGCGGAUGUUUCACCGGGGAGGAAGCCAGGGAACUGAUAGAUGUAGGUGCCCUCAAUGGACUGUUUGUGCUGGGUCGUAGUAUGGGAUUCAUUGGUCAUUUCCUGGAUCAGAAGAGAUUGAAGCAGGGGCUAUACAGGCAUCCUUGGGACGAUAUCUCGUACAUCAUGCCGGAGACUAUGGGACUAAUGGGAGAAGACACAGACAAAAUCUAAAUACCGCCAACUAUAGUGAAGACUGUCCUCUUACACUGCCAAUCAUAGUGUAGACUGUCUCCUUAUUCUGAGCAAGGCUGGCCUUGAACAAUCCAAGAUAAACGCUUAAGAGACUUAAUACAUGAAUGUAUUAGAUUUUACACAGUGCUAGAUAAAAAAACGCAUCAAUAUUUAGCUAUGUGUACUAUUUAUUGAACUACCGGUAUAAUGAAAUGUUUUAGAUAGAAACACGUCUGUGUUAUAUACUUUUAUGCAAUUGCAAACAGCAUAAUAAUUUAGCUAGAGAAUGGAUGACAAUAUUAGCUUUAUAUGAGUAUGUUGCUUAGUUUGGCUUGUAAAACAGACAAAAAACAAAAGAACUUAGUUGUUAUUAUCUGAUUGACUUCUUCAAUCUUUGAUGUGCAAUAGCUGAUAUUCAGUUACGUACAAAAUGUUACACAAUAUUAAAGACCUGUUGUAAGUUAUAUAAAGUCUGCUGUUCAUCUAUUGAAACUAUUUUGAAAUGUUAUAAGUGAGAAAGAUACCAGUUUUGUGACUAGGUGUGCAUUAUAAGUACCAUAUUUACUUGGUAUGUAUUGUGGCCAUAUACUUUGUGGGUUAUUAGUUUUGCUGAUUUUAAAUGUAUAACAGAUACACACGAUUUUAAUACAUGUAUAUUCUAAGAUCAUUCCUCGACUUGACAACCAUGAUUUUGUUUUCACAUUAGAGAGAUACAUUAAUAGCACUGUUUUUUACAUUACAUGUAUUACCUUUCGUUUAUUGUGCUUACAUUAGCCAUUUUUUUCAUUAUUUAUAACGGACAACAUUGGAUUUAAAAUCCUCGAUGGAUUGUCUCUUGUUAUAAUGAAUAUAGUUAAUUACAUGUACUGGUAUGUAUGCCAACAUCUCUUCUUGUUUGCCAUGAAUUCCCUAGUUGGACGUAGGUGUAGUUUGUAUGUGCUAUUUAAUCAUUUGUUGAUGUUAAUUUGUUAGAAUCUCUACUCAUAUUCACAAAGCAUAUUUUAAAGUUUCAUCCACAUAACAAAAUGUGAUUAUUUCAAUGUUGAUCAAUAACUUUAAAAAGAAAUUGUAAGAAUUAUUCAUGUGAAAUUUGAUUUUCCACACAAGUAUUUCGUCUCUUCUCAUACAAAGCAAUAUGUGAAAGCUUGUCAAAUACUGAAAUGAAUUGGCAUUAUAGUUGUAUGUAGUGGUACAUGUAUCAUUUAUUUUGAUCUGUUUAGUGUCAAAAUAGCACAUCCUCAUAUAUAUUUUUUUUAUUUCAGUUAUGGGUUACAUAUCAAAUAUGUGUAUCUGAGCUUUGGUUUAAAUAGAGCAAGGCAAAAACAAAA